UCAGCUAUCAACGGGCCUCCGUAGGAUUUGAACUCACUUCACGAAACAUUCCGAGGGAGACACACAAUUCGUUUCAUGCACGAGUGAUUUCCCGGGUAGACAUCAGAACAACAGAUGAAGUUAACGAUAAAGUAUUAAUGGAAAGUAAUUGAUAGAAACAAACAGGAAAAGAGGAGGGAGGGACUAUCGUUUUGAAAAGUCGAGAUAGUUCGUCGGAAUGGAGGAGGACUCGAUUGUGAUUUCUGGAAUAUCAUGUCGGCUUCCACAGGCCGACAAUGUGGAAGAAUUCCACCAGAAUAUGAUGAAAGGCAGGGAUAUGGUUACCCACAUAAGGAGUUCACUAAAUGACUCAGACUAUGACAUGACCCAGCCCUACAGUGGAACCAUCAGGGACCUGACAAAGUUUGAUGCAGUCUUCUUUGGUGUCCCUCCCAAGCUGGCUGAUGUGAUGGACCCACAGCUCAGGAUGUUGAUGGAGGCCACAUGCGAGACAUUUGUGGAUGCUGGAGUAAGCAUUGAGGCAAUGAGAGGCUCCAACACAGCCGUUUUCAUUGGUUGUGGACUUUCCGAAGCAUUAGAGGCAUAUGUCAGUGAUCCAGACCAUGUCAAUGCUUAUGCUCCAAUCGGAUGCAGCUCUGCCAUGCUGGCCAAUAGAAUUUCUUAUGCUUUUGAUUUGAAAGGACCAAGUUAUGCCCUGAGGAAUGGAGAUGCCUCAGGCUUUCUGGCCCUGGAAAGGGCAGUUCUCAGCGUACAGCGGGGCCAGUGUGAGGCAGCGGUGGUAGGCGGUAGCAACCUCUGUCUGAAGGCAGCAGCCUCAUUUCAGCUGAUGAUGUUGGAUCUUCUAUCCCCUGACGGAAAAUGCUGCUGUUGUAAUGAAGACAGUUGUGGGACAAACAGAAGUGAGGGAGUAGUUGUUAUGUUGAUUCAGAAACGAAAGUUUGCAAAACGGAUCUAUUCCACCUUAAGGCACAUCAAGUGUACCUCAAUGAAAAAUUCAUUUUAUCCCUCAUAUGAGGAGGAGACAAAGUUGCUGAAUGAAGUGUACAAAGAAGCCGACGUUGAUCCGACCAAAGUGAGUUACGUUGAAAUCAGCGGAAGUUGUAAUGUGGAUGCUGAUGCACAGGAAGUGAAUUCAGUCGCAGACGUCUGCUGCAAGGACAGGGAAAAACCUUUAAGGAUCGGGUCAGUGAAGACAAAUGUAGGAAACACAGAGACAGCAUCAGGUUUAGUCUCCAUUCUGAAAGUGCUAAUGGCAGCUCAAGAGGGAAUGAUUCCAUCAAAUCUUCAUGUUGGGACCCCUAACCAGUGCAUUGAAGCACUCCAUGAUGGGCGAAUAGAAUUCCUCUCAGAGAGGAAAAGAUGGACACCAGGUAUUGUGGGUGUCAGUUGUAAUGGCAUGGGACACAUGCACGGCCACUGUAUUUUAGACUUUACCUCAAAUCCUCCUGAUGCGAAUAAAUCUCAAGAGAAAAGACUGGCUGUUUUCUCAGCUACCUCAGAGCUUGGAGUGAAGUCAGUUCUGAAGCACUUGGAGAACAAUUCAGAGGAUUUUGCUCUUCACAGUUUGCUGAAUGAAAAUUCAAAGUUGCCUCCUGUUCAGCAUCAAUUCAGAGGAUUUUCUAUUCUGAAUUCAAAACAAAGUUGUCUGGAAAUACAAAAGUGUGUAAAUACUGGUAGAGCCCUUUGGUAUGUUUUCUCUGGAAUGGGAUCACAGUGGCCUAAUAUGGGAAGACAAAUGAUGAAGAUGGAAGCCUUCAAGAGGUCCAUUAUGAGCUGCGAUGCCAUUCUCCAGCGCCAUGGUGUAUCUUUGCAUGACAUCAUCAUGAAUGAAGGAGAUAAUGUUUAUGAUAAGUGUCUGAAUUCAUUCCUUGGCAUUGUUUCAAUUCAGAUAGCCUUAGUGGACCUAUUGAGAAGCAUGGGCCUAGAGCCCAGUGGGAUUGUGGGUCACUCUGUGGGGGAGCUGGGCUGUGGGUAUGCUGAUGGCUCCCUGACCACCGAGGAGACAGUGCUGGCAGCAUACUGGAGGGGAAGGUGUAUACUGGAAUCCAACCUCCCCACCGGGGGAAUGGCAGCUGUUGGUCUGACGUGGAAAGAGGCCAAAGAACAGUGUCCCAAAGGGGUGGUUCCUGCCUGUCACAAUACAGAGAAGACGGUGACCAUAUCUGGUCCACUUAAAGACGUGCAGGAUUUUGUUACCAGUCUGAAGGAGAGAGGGGUGUUUGCAAGGGAGGUCAAUAGUUCUGGAGUAGCCUUCCACUCCUACUUCAUGGAUCAAGUCGCCCCUUUGAUAAAAGAUAAACUGAGCAAGAUUAUAGUUCCAAAGAAGAGAAGCAAAAGGUGGAUAAGUUCUUCCAUUCCUGAAAGUGACUGGUCUACAGACCUUGCGCAGAUGUCAUCUGCUGAUUAUAUUGCCAAUAAUGUGACCCACCCAGUGCUGUUCCAGGAGGCCCUCAGACACAUACCAGAAGGUGCUGUUGUCAUAGAGAUAGCACCACACUGUCUGCUGCAAGCUGUGCUAAAAAGGUCCCUGGAUCCAAAGUGUACAGUGGUACCACUAAUGAAGAAAGACCAUGAGGACAACACAGAUUUCUUUUUGUCUAAUGUUGGAAGGUGUUACAACCUUGGCUACAACAUCAACCCUCUAGGAAUUUCAAAUCAGCUCUGCACCUUCCCUGUCCCUCUUACUACACCAAACCUGUCCUCCUACAUCAGUUGGGACCACUCAGUCUCCUGGAGAACUCCCCAGCCAGAGGAAUUCCUCAGUGGUCAGUCAGGGAGACAAACGGAAGCUAUCUUUGAGGUGGACAUCUCCCCUGAGGGCAAGGACCACUACAUUCUGGACCACUUUAUAGAUGGGAGGGCCCUGUUUCCAGCAGCGGGCUACCUAGUACUGGGGUGGAAGAUGCUAGCCAAAUCAAAGGGGAUGGUGCACACUGAUACGCCUGUGUUAUUUAAGAAUGUCAGCAUCCAUAGGGCAACUGUACUUCCCUCUACAGGAAUGAUAAAGUUCACAGUGUCCGUGGUGCCAGCUACCGGGGAGUUUGAAGUCUGUGAGGGUGGUGCUAUGGUGGCAAGUGGUGAGGUAUCCGCCCCCUACAAGUCCCUCCACACACUGGACGAUGAAAGUAAAUGCAUUCUAUCUCCCAGGAAGUCGGCCAAAACCACUGGCCCAGACCUUAUGGCAGAUGAGGUUUACAGAGAGUUCAGACUGAGGGGGUAUGAGUAUGGACCCAGGUUCUGUGGAAUUCUUCAAGCUGCAGGAAAUGGAAUGGAAGGCCAUCUUCUGUGGGAGGAUAACUGGGUGACCUUCAUUGAUGCCAUGAUGCAAAUGACUCUCCUGAGUCAGCCGGGUAAACACUUGGUCUUACCGACCGGAAUAAGGUAUCUCUCUAUCAACCCAGAGCAUCACCGAAACAAAACCUUGCCCAUCACCAGCAACAAAACAGGUGUUAUGGCUACAGUGGAUAGGAUAGUUGAUACAAUUGUUUGUGGGGGAGUAGAAAUGCAGGGGCUUGCUACAAAGAAAGCACCUGCGAAAAAGGUUCUAGAUGUCCCUGUCUUAGAGGAGAUGGUGUUUGUGCCCUAUGUUGAGGAAGGGACUGAUUCUUUAGUCUCAGCUAGUCUGCAAAAAUAUUGUCAAAUCUGUGUGGACCAAGUAAAGCAAUUACUGAAGAAGUUACAGAGUGUUGGAUUGAUUAGUGCCAAGGGUCCUUUGAUGUCUGUCUGCAAUGAAGAGUCCAAAGAUGAUGACACGAAGAAAGAAGAAGACAUCAGCCAAUUCAAAAAGAGCAAGAAUUCUGUGCUGCUUCAGACUUUAUUAAAGGUUAAUGCGGUGGCAUCAGAUGACAAUUUUAUGACCAAUGUAAAGAAUGUCCUCUCUGCAUUCAAGAAUGAUCUAAUGAAGGACAUGUUACUAUCCAACCACUUGCAGGCAAGAUCUCUAAAACCCUGUAUAGACAUGGUAGUGGAGAACUCUCCUGGUCAUAUCCGAGUGCUUGAGGUACAGAUGGCCGAGUCAGGACUCUAUAAAUCAGUCAUGGGUUUCCUCAAGGUCUCUCCAGGUCUUCAUUAUAACUACACUCUAGCCAUUUCUUCUACAAAAUCUCAAAUUCAGUCAGAAAUGACAGAGAUGGGAAUGGAGUCCAUUGUGUGGGAUAUUCAGGAAAAGUAUGAUUGGGAUCAGGUUUAUGACUUGGUGGUAGUCAGUGAUGUUCUGCAUGAGCAGGAAAAUGUUGAAAAAGUAGUGGAAAAUCUUCACCGAGCAGUGAAAGACAAUGGCUUCCUAUUGGUUACUGAGAUUACCCAUAAUGAUAUUCUGCCAAAAACUUUAGAUAUCCUGAACUCUGUCUCAAAGGAACGUCUGGAGGGAUCAAAGUACAAGGGAGUGAAAGAAUGGGAGACAUUAUUUGAAAAGAGUGGCUUCCGCCCAGUUGCCAGGAAAAGUGAUGGUCUGCUGAUGACGACUUUCUUAUUCAGAAAGAUGGACAAGGACAAGGACUGUAAAGUUUUGUCUGUAAAUGGACGCUUCAACUUGUGGCUGGACAAGCUUAAGGAGGAAAUGGCUGCCCUGCAAGAUGAAUCCAAGGGAACUAACUUAUGGCUGACAACGGACACAUCAAAACCUUCUGGCAUUGUAGGUUUAGUCAACUGUCUGAAGAAAGAACCUGCUGGAGAUAGAGUGAGGUGUAUAUAUAACAUGGAUCACAAUGCAACCCUUGCAGAAAUUCCUGAAGAACUGAAGAGAAAAGAUCUUGUGAUGAAUAUUUUGAAAAACGGACAAUGGGGUUCUUUCAGACAUGUUCCAGUCAACACAGUCGAAAAUCUAGCUCCCAAGAAGAGUGAGAAAUGCUUUUUGUCACAUAACCAGUCCGGGAAAGGUUUUGUGUGGAGUGAGCUACCGAAAGAGACAGCUAGCGAGAGGGAGGAGGUCUGUCAUGUGAUGUAUGCAGCCCUGACCUCCCAGGACCAAUACAAGGACCAGACCCAAACAGGGAUGGGCAAAGAGUUCUCCGGGGUCACCAGCAGUGGAAGGAGGGUUAUGGGAGUGCAUUGCCCAGCUGUUGCAACAGCAGCAAUUGUAGAGAAAAGGUUUCUAGUUGACGUACCUGAAAAUUGGACCCUGCAGGAGGCCUCUUGUGUACUGUGGUCCUAUGGAAUAGCCAUCAAGGCAUUGGUACUCGAGGAGAAACUCGCUGCGGGCACUCAAGUGUUGAUUUGUGAUGGUCAUACAGACAUUGGGAUCGCUGCAGUCGCAGUGGCCAUGGAGUUAAGUUGUGAUGUGUUUGUGACUGUCCCCUCCACAGAAAAGAAAGACUAUCUGAUGUCCUAUUUUGAGAGACUGAAUUCAAGCCAGGUGCUUGUGGUCAAAGAAAAUUCAUUUGCUGAGUUUGAAAUUCUGAGACUGACCAAUGGACAGGGUGUUGAGCUGGUCAUGAAUACCAUGUUGGACAGGUCCGUCUCCUUUGAUGACACCGUGUUGUCUUCUGGUGGCAGAGUGGUAGAUUUCAUUCAGAACAACUCAGAAAAAAAUGUGAUCAGGAUAGGUUCCUCCGUAGAGCAUCAUAAAUGGAAUUUGGAAAAUAUAAAGACCAAGGACUUUGAAGUGCUUUGGGAGCACUUGUCAAGAGGAAUAAAGACAGGGGCCUAUAGGCCCAUACCUCAGCAUUGCUUCCGCUGUGAUGAUUUACAGAGAGCUAUUGGAGAUCUAGAGUUCAUGAAAGGAUACCAUUCCAAAAUUGUUAUCAAGAUUCGAGAUGAGAAGGAUUUGGUUGGCAAACAAGUUGCUCCACUUACCAAACCAGUCAUAACCACAGCCAGAUGUAAUCCAGACAAAGUGUACAUAAUAACUGGAGGUUUGGGUGGUUUUGGUCUGGAGCUAGCCAGCUGGUUGGUGGAAAAGGGGGCCAGAAAACUGGUUCUCACAUCCAGGUCUGGAAUCAGAACAGGAUACCAGGCAAGAAAAGUCAGGCUGCUGAAAAAUCAGGAAGUUACUGUGUUAGUCUCAACAGAGGACAUUACUUCUGAAACAGGCUCUCGCUGUCUGAUAGAGCAGGCAACAGAGCGUGGCCAUGUUGGUGGAAUUUUCCAUCUUGCAAUGGUGCUGAGAGAUGGAAUGCUAGAAAAUCAGACCCUAGAGAAUUUCAAGGAAGUGCUAGAUCCUAAAGUGCUUGGAACAGUACAUCUGGACAACUGGAGCAGGACCCUAUGUAAGGCCCUGGACUGGUUUGUUGUGUUCUCCUCAGUGACCAGUGGACGAGGCAAUGCUGGACAGAGUAAUUAUGGGUACGCAAACUCCUUCAUGGAGAGGAUUUGUGAACAGAGACAGAGAGAUGGAUUCCCAGGUUUGGCCAUUCAGUGGGGUAUGAUUGGAGAUGUGGGUGUUGCUGUGGAGAAGUUUGGGAACAAGGUCACUGCAGUAGGAGGAACCUUACCCCAGAGAAUGUCCUCCUGUCUGGACUCCAUGGAACAGUUCCUCUGCCAAUCCAAACCAGUUGUAUCCAGUUUUGUUCCAGCUUCAGUAUCAAUGGAAGAGCGGGGAACUGAGACACAAGUUCAAAGGACAUUGAUGGAGUCUGUCUUAAGAGUUCUAGGCUCACAAGAUCCUUCUUCCUUGAGGCCUGAAUCCACACUCCUGGACCUAGGCAUGGAUUCAUUGAUGGGAGUGGAAAUCAAGCAGAUUAUGGAGACCCAGCACAGCAUUGAAAUGUCCCUACCAAACAUUAGGACACUCACAGUCCAGAAACUGAAAGAGAUGUCAGAGGCCAAGAGUGGAGGUAAAACUACCUCACCUGAUGUCAACCUCAAUGUGGAGAAGGAGGUCAAUGCCAAUGUGGAUCUGGAGGUGGAGAGGCCAGGUUUGUUCACCAUCCCCAUGGACUGUUUGGUUCAACUUUCUCCAGGACAAGAAGACAAAAUGCCUGUCAUCAUUCUUCAUGGUUUGGAUGGUUCUUUUGGAUCAUGGAAAGCCCUUGGUAAACUUUUGGACAAUCCAGUCUAUGGAGUCCAGAGUAGUCCUACAACUCCCAUGGCCUCUAUCAGAGCUAUGGCUGGAUUCUACACUCACAAACUGGCACAACACUUGAUGAGAGGUUGCUACCUACUGGGCCUGUCCUUUGGUUCCAUGUUGGCCGUGCAAAUUGCUCAGAAUAUCCAGACCUACUGGAAGUCUUCAGACUGUAAGAUAGUAGCUGUAGACAGCAGUCCCCAGAUACUUCCCGCCCUGGGGGGUCGGUCACUGCAAGAGCUGGAGGGAAUGGACCGCAGCAUGUGUGAUGACAUUAUACUGAGGAGCUUUUACCAACACAUCGGACUGGAUGCAUACGAAUAUCAAAUAGAGACUUCUCUGGAUGAGAAACUGAGACAGACGGUUCAUGCUGUGAUGAAUGCAGGUUUAGCCAGUGGGGCCCCUGAGGUGUUGUACUCGGUGCAGAACUACCACAAGCGAGCAAUGGAUGCCAUAAAGAGUCCAACCCCCAAUGUGAACUGUGAUGUCAUCCUAAUCAGACCUCAAAUGGCUGAGCACGAGUUUGGUCAACAGAAUAACGACUACAAAUGGAAGGAGUGCUGCAGUGGAAAGGUGACCGUUCACACACUAAAUUACACUCAUACAGAGCUUGGCAGGAAUGGAGAGACCUUCAGAGAAAUCGCAACCAUCAUAGAAGGCCUGCAGUCUGUGGAGAGGCCUUCCACUGGCCUUGCUGGGUGUAGCAUGUUGACUGGAUUUCAAAGAGAGUCUUGGGUUUGGGAUCAGAUUACCAAAUCUCCAGAAGUUCUACUUUCCUCUGAUAGACACAGUGCAUACUUUUAUAUUGAUCCUAUCUAUGAAAGCACAGGAACUGCUGGUGUAAGAGGAACAAAGGGGUUCACAGAAGGGGAGCACUACUGGGAGGUUGUUUUUCUGGAGCCCCCAUGUGGAACCUCAGUUAUGAUUGGUGUUGGAACAGAAAAUGUAGCUCUGCACAGAAGUAAUUUUGAAUAUAUUGACCUUAUUGGAUUUGAUACAGAAAGUUGGGGAUUAUCCUAUAAAGGGACGGCUUGGCAUGGAGGCCAGAAAGUUCAGUAUUGUGAGCCGUUUUUCGACAAAACUACAGUGAUCGGUUGUCAUUUGAACCUGUACAAAGGUACGCUUGCCUUCAGUGUGAAUGGAACUUACAUGGGUGUGGCCUUCACAGGUGUGAACAGUGUGUGUGGCCCACUCUAUCCAAUUGUCAGCUCCACGGCCUCGGAGACCGAGCUGGGGCUGGGAGAACAGUACUGUCGUUAUCUUACCCUGCAGGAGAAGUGUCUACAGACAAUCAAGAGACAUCUUGAGUACGAUGAUUCUGUGGACUGCCUACCUCUACCCAAAGUUUUCAAGUCCUCCAUAAAGAAUAUCUGAACAUGGGCGUUGAUCGUUGUCCUCAAUUUGUUGUUUUUUUUCCUCAACUGCUGAUUAAUUUGUGAUUAGUUUAUGUUUUUAUGUUACUUUCAUUUGAUUUUUUGUCAGUCAUUUUAUAAUAUUUAUGAAUUUUCAUUGAAUGAGGAAUUCAGUUAAAUUGUUUAGUUUAAUUUGAAAAUAAUUAUACAUAUAUUACAUGUACUAGUUGUACAAAUAUUUGUUUAAGGUAUGUGCACCUAUUAUUUCUUAACUUUAAUUAGAUCAUUAUUUAUUUAUUUUUUCCUAUUGAAAUACAUGUAUAAAAGAAAAAUAGGCCAGAAAUCUGUAAUCGUUAGUUUAUAUAGGACAAACAUCUGUAACUGUAUUGAAAGGGGGAUAACUUUAAAAUCAUUUUCAAACUAUGACAUUGAAUCGAGUUAUUUCCCUUUUUAAAUAACCUAAACACAAUUUAUAUACGUAGUUGACAUAAAGUGAAAAAAAAUCUUUACUUACUUAAAUUAUUUAUAACAUCAUGGAAAAUGUGUUUUGUUUUCUAAGUAUAAAAAUGUUUUGAAUGAACUAACGGU